GGCUGAUUGUCAAAACCUUCAAUUCCUGUAUUAUUUUCCCCCCAACACGACGGAUGGAUAACGAAUUCUCUUAACCGAAAAGGAAAGGAUUUUGCGACUGGAAUUUCUCACAACUGGAUCGUUAUGGCAGCCGCAAGCGUGAGUGGAGUACCCGGACCGUUAGGUUUACACCAUUAUUACAAGGAACAUCAAGGAAACGAUCACCUCUCAAGAAACUUUCAAUCCAGUGAACUGUUCACACCGUACCUUGUACCUCAGAGACCGACAGUCUCCUCUAACAGGUACAAGCACCACCGGGAUGCACUUGAGAAAACACCUAAGAUACCAUGGGGAACAGCGAGGGAGUACGGCGGGGAGGGACCCGUCAACCUCCCCGAGGAGCACCGCCCAAAGAAUGAGCCCCCACCUGCUGUGGAGAAGGGUCAUCGGCACUACGGCACAGGGACGGAUCCGUACCCCAGGGGUCUCCCAGUUGAACAGUAUUAUGACUUGACAUUGUUAAAAAGAAGUAACACCAGAUCGAAUGAUCAGUUGUUGCCGAGACCCACAGAAGUCGACAUGACAAAAAUUCAAAUCGACAAAGCCUUCCCAGCCGAGCAUCCCUACAGUUCACACAUGUCACGGUUUGCAAUGUUCCCGAGUUUCUCCAACACACCCGACGACUACAAGACCGGGGAAGUAGCUAAAUCCGCCGGUACACUCCACCCCCAGAUGCCCGCUAGUGCUUACGACGUGACAAUCAACCACAAAAGCAAAGGUACUGGUGAUAGAUAUGAGACUCAAGAUCUUCCACUAGAUUCACACAAGAGACCUUUGUCCUGGCCCGGUGAUGUCUUCUUCCAGAACCGGAAGACUCCGACCGGCGGCCAGCAGAGCUUCUACCCCAUCCCACCCAAGGCUGUGCUCCCCUCCCACGCCCCAAGACACUUAGAUUUUUCGGUCCACCCCCGUACCGCUAACGCACUGCGUAAUGUCGAGCGCUCGCAGUGGGUUACCACAUACUCUAAGAACUUCACUGGUUACGGGCCCGCUAAUGCCCUGAGACUAGACAACUUCGACGAGAAGGUCGACAUGGAGAGACGAGGGGGAAUUGAGAACCAUAGCCUACGCCCACGGUCCUAUCCUACCUUUAUGCCACCUCGUCCCCUGGAAGGUCGUGUGUCCCGCCUGAUCGGUCCCAACCAGUGCGUGAGAUGUGUCAUCAAAGAUGGCCGUAUCGAGUACGUUCCAUUCUCGCCCAAGCUGGAGAUUGAAAUGGACAAGGUUCCCGAAUACAAGAACCUUCCAACGGAGACGCAACAGUCCUUCCAGAACCCUGCCGUCACAGACCAAUGGAAGAAGCUCCAGUCCGCCCAACAUCCCGAUGUACAGCUGGGCAAACUAGAAGAGCUGAAACAACAGGCCAGCAUGGAACCCUUAAACUCCCUCCCCAUCAUUACCGACGAAGAGAAGAAAGAGGAAGGGAACUACUUGAAGAAGAUGGCCGAGAGGAAGGAAGAGGAGCUACGGGAGCUGACUAAGAAUACACGGUGGAAGCAAGCCGAGACGCAGCAGCAUCACCACGACCUGAGGAUGCUCAAACGCAAAGUGGAUUUCACCACGCCUAUCUUACAAUCCCCCGUGUACUACGACACACUACAUAAGAUCUACACGACCAAGCCGCCAUUUUACCACGACGGGGAUAACCCUUACGAGUAUGACUACGUCACGCCUUGGGACUACCACAAGACGGAGACACUGACGGACGCGUAUAAACUCGAAGCCGCCAUGGGAGAAAUGGCGAGAACUCGCCAGAACGUAGACGGUCCAGCAGCGAACAUGAAUGUUCAAUUCGCUGGCUCCCCUGGUAAGAACCCGUACAUCACACCCAAGUACACGCAGAGACAAUUGAUGCAGGGGAUGCCACGACUGGAGGCGUCUAUAGCCCAGAAACCCGCAGCACAGUCUAGCUAUACAUACAGCUACAGCCCCGACCAGGUAAAAUCUGUCGCCACACCCGACAACAGUAGAUAUGACCUCAGAGAACUGAGUAAGAGCCUUCCAAACAUGUACAACAGCACGUCAGCUGGAAGCACACCCAAGUCAGUCCGCAUCAACGAAACGGCACAGGUUGCCACCGGGGGUGGGGACACACCCCUCGUGGUCAAUAAUAGAACAUACAGACCCAGUGAGAGACUGGGUGGUACGUCUAACUCCUGGAGCUACCCGGCUUUUGAGAACCCCGGUAGCAACCCCCAGGUGGACGCCCGGUACUUCAACCCGGAAGGAACGCGGGACCCCCGGCUGGAUUGGAAGCCGAGCUCGCCGUUCGGGCAUCGUCCCCAGACCAAGCUGUUGAAGAUGCAGGAUUCCUUCACGCGCACGGAUACGAGACAGUCGUACCGGAAGACAUUCCCGGAGACGAACCCUGACCUGAGAGACAAUAUCUUUACUGGCAAGAAACAUGAAUUUGAAGGAGUGAACACGUGCCAGUGGCACUAAAGCGGUACAAGUUCAACAAAA